CGAUUUCAAUUAUUACUAUUAACAUUUCAUUUCACCAAAAUAAUAAUUUGCCAAUUUUAUCUUUAAUUUUGCUUUGUACCUUGGGAUUCUUUAUAUAGAGCCACAAGUUGUGCUGCUUUGAUGCAUACCUCAGUUUGAAAGCAAUCUUGAGAGAGAGAGUAGAGAGAGAGUUGGUUUCUUAUCAUCAGAUCGAAUUUCUUCUGCAGAAAAAAAAAUAAAAUGGAAAUGACACCGGAGCAGCUUUGUUACAUUCCUUGCAACUUCUGCAGUAUUGUUCUUGCGGUGAGUGUUCCUUGCAGCAACUUGUUCGAUGUUGUGACAGUUCGAUGUGGUCACUGUACCAAUCUCUGGACAGUAAACAUGGCAGCUGCAUCCCAAUGUCUGCAACAACAGCAACAGCAGCAGCAGCCCUCCUGGCAAGAUUUGCAGGCUCCAGGCUACAAUUCAUCUGAAUACAAAAUUGAUCACUUUGGCUCUUCUUCAAAAUGGAACAACAAGAUGCCUAUGAUACCACCUUCCAUCACCAAAAAAUCUGACCAGAGAGUCGUGAAUCGACCUCCGGAGAAGAGGCAACGAGUCCCAUCAGCAUACAACCAAUUCAUAAAAGAGGAGAUCCAACGGAUCAAGGCGAACAACCCGGAGAUAAGUCACCGAGAAGCCUUCAGCACAGCUGCUAAGAAUUGGGCACACUUCCCUCACAUCCAUUUUGGGCUUAUGUUGGAGAGCAAUACUCAUGCUAAGCUCAAUGAUGUCAGGGUUCGGAAAAAUUCCCGAUGAGAAGGACUGCCUUUUUGAAGAAAGGACCAUAAUCUUUGCUUCCGCGAAACUUUGUCUUCAUCAACAUCGAUUCCGUGUAGGAUGAAGGAAUUUAUAUUUAAUGUAUGUUGAGAACAUUGUAAUAAUAUUUUCCUUUAGUCAUGUGUUGUAAUUUCAGUAUCAACAAGAAUUGGUUAAAUCCAACAGAAGAUAUACUCGAGCGCGCGUAUAGCUUGUGUGUGUUGAUUAUGUUACCAAAACAUUAGUUUUUCAAAUUUCGAUAUUGUGUUAUAAUUGGGGUUUGAUCAAGAACAGAGAGCAAUAUGUGAUUGUAUUGUAUUGUUUUCGGGUGAAAUUAAGUUGUAAUGAAUUUGUGCUUGAAAUGAAUGUUUUAAUUUAUUUCAA